AUGGCAGCAUCCGAUAAAGCAGUGCUGAGUCAGUUCCAACUCGAAAAUGGGACGUUAUUGGGUGGCCCGGUGGAAAUACCUUUGACAGUCAAUCUUCGCCAAUUGAAUAGUAUUACCAAUGGACUUGCUCAAGUACAAGAAGGAGCAGCAGCUGUUGAUAACAAUGAACCAGUUCCGUAUUCAUUCUAUAUCGAUGAGAUUGAAAUUAAAGAGUCGUUGGAAAAAUAUUUUGAAGAACAAGCAAAUAAACAAAUGUUCGAGAAAACCUUGAACAUUGUUUGUGUACCGAAAGCACGGUUUCAAGUUAUUCCAGUUGAACGAUGUACGGCAACAAUCGAAGGACAUCUAGAAGCGAUUACCGUUUUACAGUUCAGUCCUAAUGGAAAAUUAUUAGCAUCGGGUAGCGGCGAUACGACUGUUCGGUUUUGGGAUUUGAAUACACAAACACCAUUUGAUGAAUACGGCAAAGCACAUAGACACUGGAUCUUGUGUUUAAGUUGGGCGCCGAAUGGAAAAAUGGUCGCAUCGUCAUGUAAACAGGGACUCAUUGGCUUAUGGAUUGGUGCUACUGGCAAACAGCAUGGGACAAAAUUAUUAUCUGGUCAUCGUCAAUGGAUCAAUUCGUUGAGUUGGCAACCUCUGCAUUUGAACGGCAGUUGUCGUUUAUUAGCGUCUGGUAGCAAAGAUACAACGAUUAAAAUUUGGGAUACACAUUUAUUUAAAACAGUUUUUACUCUCAGUGGUCAUACAGCAUCGGUGACAUGUGUAAAAUGGGGUGGACAAAAUUUACUUUAUUCAGCAUCGCAAGAUCGUACCAUCAAAGUGUGGCGUACAACAGAUGGUGUGCUAUGCCGAACGUUGGAAGGACACGCACAUUGGGUUAAUACGCUGGCGUUGUCGACUGACUAUGUUAUACGAACUGGUGCUUAUGAACCAUCAAAAGAACGUGCUUCGGACGAAUAUGAUCAUCUCGAUGAAUCAACAUUGCAAACAUUAGCGUCGGAAAGAUACGAAAAAGUUUAUAAAUUAUUUGAUACAAACGGUGGUGAACGAUUGGUUUCCGGUUCGGAUGAUUUCACACUCUAUCUAUGGAAACCCGAAACGGAUAAAAAGCCUCUCGCUCGAAUGACCGGUCAUCAACAGUUAAUCAAUGACGUGAAAUUUUCUCCUGAUACACGACUGUUAGCAUCCGCUAGCUUUGACAAAUCCAUCAAAUUGUGGUCCAGUCGUACUGGUGCUUUUCUUUCCACCUUGCGUGGACACGUACAAGCUGUUUAUCAAAUAGCUUGGUCAGCCGAUUCUCGGUUACUCGUGUCUGGUAGUGCUGAUAGCACAUUAAAAGUUUGGAAUAUCGAAAAACGGUGUCUUCUUUUUGAUCUACCUGGACAUGCUGACGAAAUCUAUGCAGUCGAUUAUAGUCCUGAUGGACAAAAGGUUGCAAGCGGAGGAAAAGAUAAAGUAUUAAAACUCUGGCGAAGAUAA